AUGGCGCACGUAGAUUACGUCCUUUUCGAGGCCGCCCUGGGUUAUGCCCUCUUCAAUGUGGUGCACCAGGCCGAUGCCGUUGGCGCCAAGUUGAAGGAGGUGCAAACCGCCGUCAACGAGCUGCCCAAGUUCAGCAAAAUGGUCAAUCUCGUCAACUUCACUCCUUUCAGCGGCCACGUCGAGGCUCUCGAGAACGUCAACCUGAUUUCUGAGGGUAUCGUUUCCGACCAGCUCAAGUCGGUGCUUGAGCUCAAUCUCCCCCAGACGAGCGGCAAGAAGAGCAAGAUUACCCUUGGUGUGGCGGAGAGGAACCUUGGUGGUGCCAUCAAGGCUCAGUUCCCCGGCCUCUCCAUCGAGACGAUCGAAACCUCAGUGGUUGUUGCCGAACUUAUCCGUGGAAUUCGUCUGCACGCCGAGAAGCUGCUGAAGGGCCUCCAGACUGGUGAUCUCACCAAGGCCUCGCUCGGUCUGGCCCACGCGUACUCUCGUGCCAAGGUCAAGUUCAACGUGACCCGCAACGAUAACCACAUCAUCCAGGCCAUUGCCACCGUCGACUUCCAGGAUAAGGGUGUCAACGGCUUUUUUAUGCGCCUUCGUGAAUGGUAUGGCUCGCACUUCCCUGAGCUCCAGAGAUUUACCUCGGACAACUACACCUACGCCAAGCUCGUCGGUGUUAUUGGAAACCGAAAGCUGCUCUCCGACGAGAAGCUCCACGACAUCGCCGCUGUCCUUGGUGAAGAUGGAGAAAAGGCCGAGGCCAUCAUUGAUGCCGCCAAGGUGUCUAUGGGUUAUGACCUUACCCCCACAGAUUUUGAGAUCAUCGAUCAGCUCUCCCAGCUCGUCCUCAAGCAAGCCGAUAACCGUCGAUCAACCUCCAACUAUCUUGAUGAGAAGUUGAACCAGGUCGCCCCCAACCUCAAGGCCCUGCUUGGAUCAAGCGUUGCUGCUCGUCUCAUCUCCCAUGCCGGUUCUCUCACCAACUUGGCCAAGCUCCCCUCGUCCACCCUGCAGAUUCUUGGUGCUGAGAAGGCUCUUUUCCGUGCGCUCAAGACCAAGGGUAACACCCCCAAGUUUGGUCUUCUGUUCCACGCUGGUGCCAUUGCCAAGGCUAGCAAGCAGAACAAGGGCCGCAUGUCUCGAUGCGUGGCCAACAAGGCUUCCAUGGCUUCUCGUAUCGACGUCUUCUCUGAUGAGCCUUCUACCCGAUUCGGUGAUGCUUUCAAGGCGCAGGUAGAUGAGCGUCUUGAGUUCUACGCCACCGGCAAGCGCCCCACCAAGAAUGCAGAUGUCAUUAAAUCUGUCAUGGAGUCUAUCGGCGAUGCCGAAUUAGAACUUGAUGAGGACAUGGUCGAUGCUCCUGAGGUUGCCGCCAAGAAGGAGAAGAAGGACAAGAAAGAGAAGAAGGACAAGAAGAAGGACAAGAAGGAGAAGAAGCGCAAGCGUGAUGAGGAUGAGGAUGUUCCCAUGACCAACGCUGAUGACGACAAGAAGGAGAAGAAGAAGAAGAAGAAGUCCAAGUCAAAGGAUGAGUAGAGUGCUUCCCAGCACUUGGAGGCUUCGACUGACUCAAAGUCCAUCACUGAGGUAGCCCAGCCAGAGGAGUCCGAAGAUGGCGGCGAGGACGAUGAGGCCUUGGCUCACGAGAAGACCGACAAAAAGAAGAAGAGCGACAACAAGCUCGGCAAGAAAGAAAAGUCGAGCGCCGUGUUUGAUCUAGCUACGUCGCAAGCCUGCGGAACUCUUGCUGAUCCUAUCCAGGACUCUUUGGUGAUGGCUGAGGAGACUAAACCCUCUCAGCCAAAGCCCAAGGACAAGACCAAGAAGGCAAAGAAAAGCAAGACUCCAAAGGCUGAGUAAGUUUUGCUUUGCAUGAGAGAUGUCGGCUCUGGAACUUGGGGUGGUAUCUGCUUCACUUUUGAAGGAGUUGUAAAGGAACUAUGGAAUUGGCGUUCAAGGAAAACAGCUUUGCUACUUAUUUAUUGUACAUAUAAGGGAUGCAUACCCCAUCUCGAUGUUGCAUUGUUCGAAUUAGCUCAGGUUAUUCACAUCAACAUAAUUGAAUUCAAGUUUG